GGCUGUUAGUCAAUCUGCAUCUUCUCAAGAAGUCGUAAUCAUGCGACGAUUCUGGGCAAUUGAAGUUCUUCUUUUGGGCUACGUCGUUUUAGGUGAAGCUUGUAAAUACUGUGUUCCAAAAGAAAAUUGCUUACAACAGUCAACCACAUUUUACUCUGUGUGCUUUCACUCUGAAGUCUGUUGUGAAGUUCUUCGUGACAAUAACGAUAUUUGGUCGCAGAAAACAGAAACAGUUGAACAACAAGCUGUAUUCACAUAUGGGCCAUUACCACCUCAAAAAAAACAGGUACCGGAAAUAGGUAUCACCUAUUGGCCACCCACCACAACACCACCACCACCACAACCAACUACUCAAAUCCCCAAAUCCGGUGAAAUCGGACAGAAGGGCUUGAGUAACCCCCUCGGAUUAGAUCUCACGAAAUGUGUCACUGAUGAGCAGGCAAAGCCUGGCCAGUAUCCCUGGGUUGUUGCCUUGUUCAACGGGAGUCAGUACUGGUCGGGCGGAUCCCUGAUUUCUGCAGGAGUUGUCCUAACAGCAGCUCACCGCGUAUGGUCCAUGAAGCCCGAUCAAAUUGUCGUCAGGGCUGGCGAAUGGGACAUAGAAUCGGAAACGGAGUCCUUUCGGUCUGAGGAACGCGAUGUGGAGAGGAUCGUGGUCCACGAAAGUUUUGACUAUUUAACCGGUGGCAACAACUUGGCGCUUCUCUUCCUCAAAACGCCGUUCGAGUUAAAGAACCACAUCAGACCUAUCGGGUUGCCUCAAUCAAUUGGAUCGCUCAAUGGACGUCGUUGCACGGCUGCAGGUUGGGGAAAAAUCACGUUCCAGGCUCAUAGCUAUUCGAGCAUUCUGAAGAAAGUUGAGUUACCCAUUGUGGAAAGAAAGACAUGUCAGGAUAUGUUGAGACGAACCAAAUUGGGCUGGAGCUAUAACCUGGCCCAGAGUCUUAUUUGUGCCGGCGGUGAGUCUGACAAGGAUACCUGUUACGGCGAUGGCGGAUCUGCCUUAUUCUGCUCCGUUGAAGGCGGCAAUCCAGAUAUCUACGAGCAGGUUGGCAUCGUGAACUGGGGGAUGGAUUGUGGCCAAAAAGAUGUUCCCGGAACCUAUACAGAUGUGGCUUUGUUUAGGGACUGGAUUUUACCGAAGAUAGUACCAUUUACCUUCAAAAAAUCGGGAUGAAUGCGCCGAUAAGUUGUAAAAUGCUAUUUUUGAUUCGGUUUUUUUUUUGCAUUGUGUUUAAUUGUGAAACACUGCAGGAAAAAACAACAAUUACAGACAUAAAACCAUUAAAACGUGUAUUUGAGUGUGGAAAAAA